AUUUUUAUAGAGAGAUUCACCUUGCUAAGCUAUAUUCAAAGAUAAAAAAGUCCUCAAGAAAAGUUGGUAAGAAGGGGAAAUUAAAAGCGCCGCGGGAGUUUCAAACGCAUUCAUUAGUACUAAUGAUACAGGUGACCAUCAAAAUAAUGAUCAGAAUAUCCCAGCAAAAUAACUGAGUCGUGACAUCGGGUCGGAGAAGUGAAAUUGAACACGGUGAUCCAGGGCAGAAACCUUAGGCUCAAGCAGGUUCCUUGUUAUGCAGAGUCCUACAUCAUCCACAGAUGGCCACCUGGUCUAUCAAAACAUCAUCCGCGUGAGACAAUCCUACCGGAAAACACAAAAUUCAAGCAACGAAAACGGAAAACAACAACAAAGCACUGUCUGUUGUGCCUUAUCCGAAUCCGCACAGCAGCCUUACCGAAAACAUCUGGAGACAGAAAAUAAACAAAGUAAACGCCACACUGGGAACAUAUAUAUCUUUAAUUUCACUGAUUUCCCCCCGACCUGUUUCGUACCACAACUCUGCCAUCGGAGACGAAGAAAACUUAAGCUAUAUAUUUUUUUCUUCGGGGUGGAGGAGUACGAUCUGCAAACAGAAGCUCGAGCAACGAGCAGUACUUACUUAAAUAACGCUCUGCAGGCAGCACCCGACCAACGCGGAGGGCAAGGCAGCACCGACUCUUUUCUUUUGAGAUGUAGCCAGACUUUAUGCUUUUCCCCCCGGCAAGAUCAGGCAAUUUCACCCUCAGUGGCCCGGUACCAUCGUCCCCUCACAAAGGAGGGGGAACCAUCUGGACGAGUAGAAAUUGGAAUUCGGCAUCGGGAGUUUCCCUUCGAAACCUCGCCCUUUCGGGGAUUCGAGACCAAUGGACUCGCGAAGCCCUGCGGUCGCAAAGAAUCCGCCAAUCGCCCGCGCCAGCCUCCCACACGAUCCUGCCCCGGCGCUGCCUGGCGGAUCCUUCCAAACCCGACGGCUUGUAAACAGUGGCGAAAGCCGCUCUGCCGCCUUUCUCAAUGGAAACCCCACGUGGAGGGGCAGGGCGUAGUAACCCCCCCUCAGGGGGAGGGCGAUGGAGGCGGCUCCUCUUCCCUGCAGCGCGAUUGGCCGGCCGAGGACAGAAAAGAGAGAAGCUUCUCCCUGAUUGAAGGGUUGGCUCGUCAGUCCAAAGGGGGAGGGGUUGGCGGUGGAGGUUUAAUUUCAGCUCCGUUCGGGUCAAAUUAA